CGGCAUGUGGCCAAAAUAAAUAACUGGGCCCCCGGGUGGAGAACCCAAUCCAAACUUCCCCACACCCCGGACGACACACCUUCCUCUCCCCAACUGCCACCACCAUGCGAUCUACUGCGCGUGUGAGGCAGAUCCCUGUCUCGUUCAAGCCCGGCAUGGCGUCGUCGACGCUGCGUGAGCGUGUCCGCCGCUCGACGUUCCUCGAGAAGCUCGCAGAGCCGGAAGAUCUCGCCCCGCUUUUCAAGGUGACGACGACUACGUGUGUCUCUAUGACCUUGGUUCCGAAGGAGGACGCUCAUGGAUUGCAGGUCGGAUGGUCGGGCUUCACCGGCGUCGGAUACCCCAAGCGUGUUCCCACUGCCCUCGCAGACCUCGUCGAGCAGAACAACCUCCAGUCCAAGAUGCGCUUUAACCUCUUCGUCGGCGCUUCCACGGGCCCGGAAGUCGAGGAUCGGUGGGCCAAGCUCGACAUGAUCGCGCGUCGCUACCCGCAUCAAGUCGGGAAGGAGGUCGCGAAGGGGAUCAACGCUGGACGUAUCGCGUUUGCGGAUAAGCACUUGUCCAUGUUCCCCCAGGAUCUUACGUACGGGUACUACAGCCUCAAGAAGAAGCACGGGGAUCCCAAGAAACACUUGGACUGGGCGAUUAUCGAAGCCACCGCAAUCACCGAAGAUGGACACAUCGUACCAGGAGCGUCUGUCGGAGCUACGCCCGAGAUUCUGGAAACCGCGGAAAAGAUCAUCAUCGAAGUGAACACGCAUCUGCCCAACCUGGAGGGUCUGCAUGACAUAUCACAGUCGUUCAUUCCGCCGCACCGUCAGCCAUACCUGAUCAGCCACCCUGAAGACCGCAUCGGCAAAACCGCCAUUGCGAUCGACCCGGACCGCGUUGUCGCCAUCGUCGAGUCGCAUCUUCCGGACAACACCGGCCAGAACUCCCCCGAGGCAAGUUUCCCACAUUCGCUUCUGCUCACUGAGGACUCGAAAGCCAUCGCAGGCCACCUUAUCCAGUUCCUUGCUGAGGAAGUCGAUGCUGGCCGCCUGCCACGGACCCUGCUGCCGCUCCAAUCUGGCAUUGGAAACGUCGCAAACUCGAUCAUCGGUGGACUUGCGGACGGGCCGUUCGACAAGGUCAUGGUGUGGACUGAGGUGUUGCAAGACACCUUCAUCCGGUUCUUCGACUCGGGCAAGCUCGACUUCGCGACUGCUACUUCCAUCAAGUUCAGUCCCGAAGGUUUCGACUACUUCUACGCUAACUGGGCCAACUACAAGGACCGACUGCUUCUCCGCUCUCAGCAGGUAGCCAACUCUCCGGAAAUCAUCAGGCGUCUGGGGAUCAUUGCCAUGAACACCCCGCUUGAAGUGGAUAUCUAUGGACACGCGAACUCGACCUGCGCGCUUGGCUCUCGGUACGUCUACGCGACAACAUCUGUUGCCUGCGCUGAACAACUCAUCAGGAUGUUGAAUGGACUGGGUGGCUCUGCCGACUUCUUGAGAAACGCCAAGUUGUCUAUCAUGCACACCCCUUCGACUCGCCCAACGAAGACUGACCCGACCGGACUGAGUUGCAUCGUUCCCUUCGCGUCUCAUAUCGACCAGACAGGCAGGUGGCGCCAGCACGACUUGGACGUGGUGGUGACUGAGCAGGGUCUGGCCGAUCUCCGUGGUCUCUCGCCCCGCGAACGAGCACCGGUGAUCAUCAACAAAUGUGCGCAUCCGGAUUACCGGGACUUGCUGAUGGAUUACUACGAGCGGUCGCUGCACGAGUGUCUGGCUGCUGGCCGUGGCCAUGAACCGCAUAUGCUGAGGAACGCCUUCAAAUUCCACACCCACCUGAUGGAGCAUGGCACGAUGAAGGUUCCCAAGUGGGAUUAAUGUAGAAGAGAGAGUUGAGCUUGGACAGCUGAUAGCUACUUGCCACUUGGCCGCUUCAGCAUGCUACACGAGUGCCAGGGAAGUGUUCUUCGAUACAAUGAUAAUGCAGAAUUCGUGAUACACCGACUUUGCAU